AUGAUUGCGUUGGACUGCCGUUCCUACAGCAAAAUGAGUCGUGGUACCCAUGGCCGUGAUUGGCUUCGACCCUAUGGCAACCAGGGAUAUACCUUUGUUCAUGAAGGAAAUGUUCUUGGAUGUCGGGUGGCGCUGUUUCUCUUGGUUGCUUCGUGGAGAUCUUUGGUUUGGGUUCUUGAGCAACCCCAUGGCUCUGCUUUACCGGACCUGCCACGAAUGCAAUUUCUCUGGAGUGUUGUUCAGGUGUACACCACCUACUUCUACAUGGGCCUUUUCAAAGGCGCCACACCAAAGCGCCACAGGGUGUGGACAAAUGUUCGGCGUUUGGCCGAAGCUCUAUCCACUAGAGCUGGUUACAUGUCCCGUGCUGAACAGACUGCCUGCGCUGGACAGACUGUCAAGAAAUACACGGACGCCAGGGGAGUCAAGAGAUGUGUUGGUUUGAAGAAGGAAUUGAAGGAAAGCCAGUACCAAAACUGA